GUUUGGGCUGUCUACGAGGACAGAACUGUAGCUGGCAGUGCUGAGAGGGUUUCAGUAGAUGUUGUUGCUCCUGGGCCGCAGGGUUCCGCUGUCAUUCGCACACAGACUCACUAGCUGCUGUCCAUCCUCCUCAGAGUCGAGGCCUGUUCUGCUCAGCUCUGUAUUAAUAAAGCUCAGAGCGAGAACCAGAGUCACACACAGCACCGUCUUCGUUAGCGCAGCCGGCCAAAAUACAGGAACCAUGCCCGAAAGGAGGCCCUUCGUACGGUUACCAACUGACGUUUACCCCGUUAACUACGGCUUGUGUCUGAAGCCCGACCUGAUCGACUUCACUUUCGAGGGCAAGCUGGAGGCGCUGGUGGAGGUACGUGUACCGGAGCGUGUGUCUGCAGACUCGGGUGGAUUUGUGUGUGCAUGGCGGGGAUCUUGUUAUGUAAUCUGACCAGCUAACGUUAACCAGCGUCUGGCUAAUUUGCUCUGUUUCACUGACUACGACUUUAGCUAAUGGUAACGUCAGCUGGCGGCUGCUAACUAGCUGAUCGUUUUAUACACUAACAAAAGCAGUCUUUUGAAUGUGGGAACAGCAGCUGGGUAUAUCUGCUGCGAGCCACAAGCUAAAUGAAGCUAACUGACUUGCACUCUCAUGUUAGCUUAGCACAUGCUAACAGCGCUUCAAGAGCAGUUUAUAGUGUGCCAGUGACGUUAACCCUUUCACGCAGCAAUGCACGACCUCCAGUCAUAAUCAAUAUAUUGGAUUUGUGUAAUUGAAGGUCUUUAUCAGCCGGUUUGAGGUUGACUAACGCUCACUGGUGUUUGCUAAAUCAUGGCAACAUGAAGUCGCCCCCUCCCUCCUUCCCUCCCCUCCUCCGCCUUACUCUCUCAUUCAGAUCCACCAAGUUACAUGUUAAAUAUAAACACGUCCUGACCUUACAGUGACACGUGGUGGGUGAAUCAGAGGAAGCUGGCUGUUUAAUUGAAUCAAAGGGAAAGGCUCAAACUGGGGUUGCCAACUCUUCUCCGGGGCAGAACAUUUAGUCUGGAUUUCUGUUCCUCAGUGGUGUGGAUCUGAUAUUUGUCUGUGAACUUCUCUUUCCCAAAAAGGACCCUUAAACUGACAGAUGAUCCCACAGACUUCCAUCUGAGAGUAAUUUAAGAGUUUUUUAAUCACAGAAAGUGAAUGAAACCAUGACCAAAAGUAUAAUACUGUGUUUUUGUAAUGCUCAAAGAUAAAAUUAUAAACUAUUCUACACAUAGGAUUCUUGUAAUCUUGACUCUACUUUCAGAAAAAACUAAACAAAAACUAAACUAAAACGAUGAAUCACAGACUGGAGUCUUAAAUUAACACCCAUAAUUAAAAUUAAAAUCCAUGACUCAUUUCUAGGGUUCGACUGAUGACUAGCUGGACGAUUAUCAGAGCUGAUAUUCACCUUUUGGCCUAUUGUCUGUCUGUGUGUCACCCCCUGACAGUGUUUUCACUCACCACUCUUGCCCGAUACCCCACCAUAAAACCUCAAGAGUAAUGGCCAAAUACUAAACAUCUAUGGUACCUUUGGCAUUAUCACAGAACUUUAAAUCUAAGAACUUUCACAUAUUGUUUAAAGUUUCAGUUUUCUUUUGUAAAAAAAAAAGUCUGAUAAGGGAGUUUUGAGCUAUUUUAAACUAAAUUUUGACAGAAAGAUUUUUAAUUUAACUGUAAAUGCAUAUGGUUUCAAAUCAGUGUUGUUUUCGUUGACAAUGACGUUGACGAAAAUAUUUCAUCGUCAAGGAAAACAACACUGCAGAAUGUAUGUUUAGCAUUUGACUGACGAAAUGCUCAUGAAUUUUGCAACUCUGUUCGCCAUCCACCAGUAACGUUUUCUUCUAGUCUCGUCUUGUCAAUGUAAACGCACAUUCGUCUCGUCACAUUUUAGUCAUCUAAGAGUUACAUUUAGCUCGUUAACGUCACGUCUUCGUCGUGGAAAAAAAGGGGCGUUGACGAAUAUCAUAUGAAAACAACCAGUGUUGUCUUUGUUGACAUUGACGAAAUAUUUUCGUCAACGUUAUCGUCAACGAAAACAACACUGCUUCAAAUUAUGGGUUAUUGGAUUCAUGAACUACUAAUAAUCCAUGUUUGCUCUGAAAAUAAUAUCAGUCCAACCCUUUUCCUUAUUCUUGUUAAAAUCUUGAAGAAGUCUUUUUGUGACAACAAUUACAGCUUGCACUUUUUGCUGCCUGGCUUUCAUCUGUCUCACUUGGCUCUUACCUACUGGUAGUUCCUCUGUAACACUGCAGGACGUGGCAUUUUAGGAUUUUUUAUGCUGGCAUAGAUCUUUCAGCUUUUGUACUGUGUUUCGUCUUUGUCCAUUGUUGAAUCUCUUUUUUGUACUUUAGAUGUGUUAUGUAGUUCAGUGUUAGUGUUCGAAUACUGUGUGAUGGGCAGAUGAAGCCAUAUGAAGCUCUGGGGCUAAAUUUUGAAAGCUCCACUCUGAGCAAACACAUCUGGUGGCUUGUUAGAGUAAUAGCAGUCUUAAGCAUUAGUACACUUAUAUUCACAGUUAAAGUCUAUUCAAGAAACAAAAGUCUGUGACACCUUAAUUAAAACCAUCUCUGGUUUCAUUUACUACAUCUGUCUUUUAUUCUAAGUUAUAACAGCCUACUCAUACUUUCAUGUACUUCAGUGUGAGUUUGUUUCAAGUGCAUUAUCACAAAGCCCUAGUAUUUAUAUCUUAGAUGUACACAUCUAAAACACCAGUUAACAUGUUUGGUUUUGGGGUGCAUUGUGAAAGUACAAAAGGCGCAGAGAUGGUGAAACUCCACUCUGACACUGUUGUGGGGUUUCAUUGUGAGAGGAUUUUCUGUUGCAGUGUGCUGUUUGGUCGUGUUCACCUUUGUAGUCUAUUGAAACACCUAACAGCAUGAGGUGAAGUGGGCUUUUGUGGCGUUGAUGUUAACGAGUGUGUCGUGACCCAAUCUAAUAAAAUUAUCUUUAAACUUUUGGUGGAAGACUUGCUUCAUAAAAACAAUGAACAUCUACUACUUGGUGCAUGUUUGACAAAUUUCACAUUCACAUAAGUCUGAUGAUGCUAGUUGAAAAAGGAGAGAGGUUAAUGUCCUCUCCUAAGCUUGAGUCUCUAAGCUUUCAGAGUUAGGAAGUAAGGUAAUCGAACUGUGUUUAUGUAAUACUAUCUUUCACUAGUCUUCUAAGCACUGAAAGUGUUUAUAAAUUACAUGUCACAUACUUCUGUUUACACCACAUUCAUACACUAAUGGUGGAGGUUACUGUGUUCAACACCUAUCAUUAUUUGCUAAUCCCAUUCAAACACCAAAGGGCAGUUUGGGGUAAAGUGUCUGGUCCAAGGACACUUAAGCAUGGGGACAGCAGGACCUGUGAGUGAACUCACGACCUGUUUCCACUCGGAAACAUUUUUUGUUUUGUUGAUACAUCAUGGGUGUUUCAUUAGGUCUGGAAAACAGUUAUUGAUAUUUUGAGGUGUUUAUAUGACCUGACUGUAGCCUCUAAGCCUUCAGUACUUUGGGCUUGUACCUCUGUCUUUCUCUCUCUACCCCUUCUGCAUCAAUAACACAUUUUUGCUUGUUUUUAUCCUUUUAAUAUCAAUAUGUAUUCCUCUAAAAUGUCACACUAACAUGCUGUAACCAAGACGUACAGGCACUAGAUAGUAGCAGAGUAAGUACUUCCAUGUACCAUGUAACAUUGACUGCAUGAGCAAACAGUCUUUCAAGCAGGUUUAGAGUGAUAUCACUGUUCAAGGCUCGUUUUUUGGCCUCUAUUUUAGCAGUGGAAAUUGCAAGUUUACUUUGAGUAUGAUACUUGAGCAGAUUGGGUCCAUAAUAAAGAUAUUAUAAUGAGGCAAUUCAGAGAAAAUCAAUAAAUUAGAACAGUAUUAACACCAGGAUAAGAAGAAUACAAAAUGCCUGUAAAGGUAAAGUUCAGGAGUAAUGUCAUCAGAACUCCAGGAGGAAACAUAACAAGAGAAAUCAAAGAACAAUCUAUCAAAACAGUGGUACUAUUUUAAACUUAGAAUAUGGAAAUUCAGGAUAAACAUCAGCAUAGUAUUUACAUGAACCAGAGCGAUUACGCAGUAUAUUGCCAUGACCUUUUUUCUUUUAUGUCCCUGCUCAGCUCAAUAUAAUGCACAUCUGUGGGCAGACUACAAGAAAAUAAGCUCACUGAGACUUAAAUAUGGGAAUACAGCUCAAGCUUAAAGAUGGUUCUUAAAAGUGAAACUACUGACACAGUAACUGUCUUUGCUGUUCAAACAAACCUUUUACAUGGGUCGAAAUGCCUCUGAAAAAUCUUUUUAUCCGACUUGAAAUUGAAAAACCCGACAGCUAAUUUUCAGAUCAGCUACAGUGAAAGUUCAGCUCCCCUGAAAAAGUUGGAAGACUGCGCUCCAUUACUUGACUUUAUUCAGCUUCCAGUUGUCUCAGUGGGUCAGUAAAUCAUUUGGCAUCUCUGUGUCUUUUUUUCUAGAGUCGGUGUAGAUAGUAGUUACUGAGUAACUAAGGCACAUAACAAGCAUACCAACCCACUUUGCAUUUAUUACUGAGAUAAACUCUGUGCUUUCAGUGAGUGAAUAUCACUCUUUUGUGCAGGUGCAGACGCCCGUCAGCUCACCAUCCCAUCACUGGCGUCUGCUUUUAAAGACUCUAUCAUUACACAGAGACCAGAUUAUUACAUACAACACUGUUUUUUGGACAUCUGUCAACCCUAAAGGCCCAAUUACACAAACACACAUCAGGAAUGAGUCCAGGUUAAGAUUGCUGUAAAUGUGUUAAUUGUGAGGCUUCUCGUGAUGCUGUUUUAAAUUCAUGUGCAGUUUACAUGGAUGUCAUCAUGUACUUCCUGAGUUUUGGACUUUAUCUGAACCCUGUGUUAGUCAUAAAGCCUUGUCCACCAGCAGAUGAUGAUCGAGUGAAACAUGUAAAAACUUGAGGGGUGGUGUCAUGAGAGGAAAACUGUAGGUCCAGUACAUGUACAGGUGCAGCUCAAAAAAUUAGUGUCCCGAAAAAGUAAAAUUCUUCCCAUAUAAUUAAUUCAAAAAGUGAGACUUGUAGAUAUAUAUAUUAGAUUUGUUACGCUAAGUGAAUUAUUUUAGUUUUUUUUUUUUGUUUAAUACAAAAACCUGAGAAUUUUGUGUAGAAGUCCAGUCUCUUGUCAGUUCUUGUCAGACUGCCGACCUGACAGUUGUCCAGAAGACCAUCGCUGACCCCCUCCACAAGGAGGAUCGGUCACUGCUGAAAAGUCCGGCUGUUCCCAGAGUCUGUAUGGAAGCAGAUUCAUGGAAAGUUGACUGAAAGAAAGUGAGGGAGCAAAGGGAGACUAAGCAACAGAGAUGAGAGCAGCCUUGAGAAGAUUGUCAAACAGAGCAGAUUCAAGAACUUAAGGGGGCUUCACAAGGACUGGACUGGGCUGGAAUCAGAGCAUCAAGAGCCAUCACACACAGAUAUGUCCAAGCACAUGGACUACAAGAGACGUGGUUUUGCUGUCAAGACACUCCUGAACCCCCUGACCUGAUGUCAUAUAAGUUUCACCUAGACUAAGAAGACAGAGAACUGGAUUAUUGCUCAGUGAUCUGAAGUCCUAUUUCCAGAUCUCGUUUGGAAAUCCCAUCGUCUGGAGGAAGAUCAGAGAGGCCCAGAAUCCAAUAGCGUGAAAUUUCCACAGUCUGUGAUGGUUUGGGGUGUCAUGAUAUUUGCUGCUGUUGGUUUACUGUUUGUGUCAUAUCAAGUCCAGAGUCAAAGCAGCCUUAAGUCCACUUUCACAGAAAUGAAUGCAAAAGGAGCCCAGACUGAGCACUGAACGGUUAAUCUGGACAGUCCUAAUUUUUCUUCAUUCAAGCCGAGCCUCCCUGAAAGUUUUCAUGCUGUGUUUGUCAAGAAGUGACCACAGUUUAGUUGGGUAACAACUUGUUCACCAGAAGUCUUAUUUUGCCAUUUAGUUGACACGUUUCAUAAUUACUUCCUUUCAGUCCCUUUGUCAGCCUCUAAGCGUCUCCAACAACAGCAGCGUCCAACCAGGAGUGCCACAAACCGUGAACGUCACGAUUACUGCCUUCUUUGAAAACUACAUGCCAUCCAAGCGUGCCGCUGUGUUUUGCAGUCACAUCCGCUGUUUUCACAUCACAAGUCACAGAAGCCCCAGAGUCUGUCUUCCUCUCUCUGUUUGCAUCACUUUCUUUGUAUUUGCCACUUCUUUUCUCAACCCUAAAAACCAAAAGCCUCUUUAAGUUACAGUGCAAUCUGCAAUCUGGAAACCCAACAAAACUCGAACAUAACUGUUAUUCUUUGCGCACUCAAAAGUCAAGGCGGGGAGUUGAUACGAUGAAAGAGUUCCACUUUAAUUUGAAGUCUAGGUUGACCAGGCAGGAUGGGAUUUCAAGUUUAAGCAAAAAGUCUAAGUAAUGCUGUUUUAUGUCAAUAUUUUCAGGUUACACAAGCCACAAAUCAGAUUGUGAUGAACUGUGCUGACAUCGACAUCAUCACAGCUUCCUUUGCACCACAGGGAGGAGAAGGUGAGGACCGACCUGUGUCAGCUUUUUCCACCUUUUUUUCCUCCUUUUGAAUUGACUCUCCUGAAAAUAUACUGUUCAUAGCUUUAAUCGUUUCAUCUCUACUUUUGGAUUAACCUCAGCCUGCUCCUUCUUUUUUUUUUCUCUCCCUCUCUUUCUAGAAAUAAAUGCGACAGGAUUUAACUAUCAAAAUGAGGAUGAAAAAGUCACCCUGUCAUUUCCUAGCGCUCUACAGAAAGGUAAGAGAGGGCCCACUUUACUCUGUGUCUUUUUCCAUCGUCGCUGCUGUUGAAGAGUAACAGAUUUUCAGACUCUGGUUGUGGCUGAAUGAACAUUGCGACUCUCCUUCCCCCAGGCUCCGGCACGUUGAAGAUAGACUUUGUUGGGGAGUUGAACGACAAAAUGAAGGGAUUCUAUAGAAGUAAAUAUACAACCUCAGCUGGAGAGGUCCGCUACGCUGCUGUCACACAGUUUGAGGUGAGUGAACGGCCGCUAGGGAGUUGGAUGUUUUCUUUUGGGAAAGUGGAGUGUGUUGCUUAACCUACUGCUUGCCUGUAUUGCAACACAGUAGGGUGUGAAGGUCAUGUGAUUCCUGGUAUGCCAUAAUUGUCCCUGAGAUAAAGCAAUAACUCCGAUAUGCUUCUAUUUACUGCUUAUGUUUACUUUAUGAAUGCCUCUAUGUAUUGAGGUGAUUCUUGGAGAGCUGAGCCAUGAACCAGGUCGGUCUAGAGUGGUGGAUAAAUGGGGAGGUGGGGAGAGGGAGAGUGAGUCACUUUCACCUGCAGGACAAACACCUGCUGUUUACACACACGGUUUUCUACCACAGAGUGUGCGCUCUGUAGAGCAUGAACUUAUGAGAGACAGUUUCCAUUAAGGCUGAUGUUGAGCUUGGUGCUACAAUAAGAAAAAUGCAGUUUUUAGGGCUAUGAAAGGAUUGAAUUUCUAAAGUGUGAUAGUUGGCAUGUUUUUAAUCUGAUGUUAACCAUGUACAGCAGUGGUGUGGGAAUCGAAUAGAUGGAAUAAAAUGUUCUUUGUGAUCUGAACUAUUAGAUUAAUCAGUCAAAUAAAUGCUGCACUGCUACACCGGUGGAGUCUGAAACCGUUAUUCAGAGAUAGGAGAUAGCAUCCAUGUGCUCAUUCUGUUAAAUACAGGAUUUAUUUUUUAUUUUAAGACUGUUACAGAUGAGGUGAUAUACAGCAGAGCAAAAACCUCCAACAGAGUCAGUAUGAUGGGCAGUUGCACCAAGAAACUUUGACCAUUUACUCACAUCCAGGGAUCCUUGGUUGUCGCGAUAGUAUUUUCACUUUUUAGUUGGGUUGUUUUCUCCUUGGUCCUAUAUGCAUGAGAGUAUGGCACUCUAUGACUCAAAGAUCAUAUCAUGCAAAGCUGAGGGCAUCUCUUAAGACUCUGGUUUCACACAAUAUUAACUGGCCUCUGCUGUCAUUUCCCCUGAGCAUAUUUCAAAAAGGUGCUCUGCCAGCUUUAACCAUGUAAAAGUAAUGUACAGUUUAUGAGUGAGGGGGUUUCUUUACGUUCUCCAACUCUUAGUAGCUUUUCAAUAUUUCAGAGGAUUCUCAAAUACUAUAAUACAGGAUAUUCCUGUGUAAGUUUAAGCCAUGGUCAAACAUACCAUAACAUUGAGCUAGACCCCCCUAGAGAGAUGAAUGCCGACCGCAUGCUUCUCUAGUUAUACCAACUUCAGCAAAGACCGCGCGAUAGCAAUACAUAGCAGUCUAUGCCUCCACGCGCAAACCGCAACAAAAAAGCCACUCCAUAGCCACAAAUAAUGCUAUAGAGUGGCACCUGACUUCAUCAACAGUACACAUAGGUUCCCAGCCAUAGUACGAGCCACCAGACAUCGUUUUAACUUUGACUAAUUUCUUUAGCAAAGAGACUAAACACAACUCACCCACUCUCCUUCAGCAGCUGCUUGUUUGUGGGGGGGAGCCCUGACGAGUCGAUCACCGAGUGCAGCGAAGUUCUGCAGCUCAAAGAAGAACAUUUAUGAAAAUUUAUGAUUUUUGCGUUCAUGAAAACAACAACAGAAAUGACAACUGUACUAAAAUGAUGGAUAACAGGCAACAGUAUGAGCUGUUCCUCAAUUCUACACAUGAGUACAAGAACGCAAAAUCUGUUUUAGGACUUUCAAAAUUGUAUAAGAUAAAGAAAACGUGUUAAAGCUGUGGCAGCUCGUGUCAUUCCAAAUAAUUCCCCCUUCAUCUGAUAAUGACCUAUUUAUUUAUUUUUUAUUUUUACACUUUCAUUGAGUCUAAUAUUACAUACAGAGGCACCAAGGAUGACAUAUUGUGGAGGGCACCUCAAACCUGAAAAUAACGUAGAUACGACAUUUUCAGGUCCACUGCUGUCCAAAGAGAGUCACAAAAAGUAGCACCUUUCCUUUCGGUCACAGAGACUGUCCACAUUUUAAUGAAGCGUUGCUCCAAAGUUUGCAAAGAUCUCACUAACUAUGUCUGUUAUUCAUUGACAGUUAAGGGAUGCACCACUUCCACUACUCUGUCUUUUUUUUAAACAACAUUAGUCAUUGUUAGUUAAAUCCAAAAACAGGCAUUACAUUAUUGGCACAACAUUAUUUAGGUCAUCACAACCCCAAAUCUUACUCAGAGACAUGUAUUUGUCUUUUUUCUUGUACACACCCAGAGAGCGUGGGAGUGUCUGGCGUCCAUAUGCCCACACUGUUUCCAGUAUGGCUGAUGUGACAGAAAAUGCAGGUUUUUAAGGUGUGGUGUUAAAAAUAAGAACACUCAAUUUUUCCAGGAGAAGUCCUUCCCUCCACUUUUUUUCAUUUUGCCUUUUUUCAUGGAAAAACUUGCACACUGUGAGUGUAAGGAACGAAAUAAAAUGAGAAUUUACAAACACAAAGAGCUUCAGACGCAGAUAUUGUGACACAGAAACAAAAGUUGUGAGUCAAAUGCUUGUAAAAUUCUGACACACUGUGACACACUUCCUGCAUUUUUCUUAAUAGUCAGUCACAUCCCUGAUAUAGAUAAUCGACAGUUUAUUGGCCUGUUCAAGCUAUUUCAUUGUUUUUGUUUUCACUUUUUCCUGCGUUGUUUCUCUAUAUUGUAACAUCCACGACAUUAACAACCACCUUUUCACCCUCUACUGUACCCGUGUGUCCAUGCUGAGACGUCACAAAGUCUCACUGAUUAAAAUCACAGUGAUGAGAAGGGAGAAGUCACAACGACAGGCUCAGGCUUGUUUUCAGUUGCAGUUCAAGAUCUGGACUUGUCUGGAUUCUAACACCUAUCUCUCUCUCUCUCUUUCUGGCUCUCUUCCUCCCUUCAGGCCACGGACGCUCGCAGAGCUUUCCCCUGUUGGGAUGAGCCCGCCAUUAAAGCCACCUUUGACAUCUCCCUGAUAGUUCCCAAGGACCGGGUAGCCUUGUCAAAUAUGGUACGUGUCGUAUGUUCUUCACUCCCUCAGAGAAACACCAGACCCCAGACUGCCUGAGUCACUUUCUGCUGAUGAUUUUCACUCGUGUGUCUGUGUGCAUGUUUAUAUAUAUGUGUGUGUGUGUGUAUGUGUUUUCUCCCUCUCGUCUUUCUUCCCUCUCUUUUCUGCCCGAAGCUUACGUAACACAGGGUGGACAGUCACAGUAUAUUCUUCCACUGCUUUAUUUUCUCUUUAACUCCAUGUGAAGUGUAACUACUAUACAAGUGAAAUAAGCCUGCUUGUCAUCAAAAGAAAAUCUCUUUUUGUGUCUGUCAGACUCGCUUCUCUGUCUGUAAUUCCACCUGAAGGCAUUUGCAGCUAAACUACAUCAGAAAACAUCAUCUGGCUCAGAUUAUAUUUUCCAUCAUCACCCCUCCAGGCUAACAGGGCUCACAGAGGGGUGAUGAUGAGGUGAAUUUGGGACAUAAACGCAGUCUGUCAUUUUUAAUGACAUGUUGUGUUGAAUCCAGGUCAGUUUCCUUCUAGUCGGGACAACAGAAUUCAGUUACAGGAGACAAAUUUCCCCAGAAUAUCUCUCAGAAAUAACCCUGGUUAAUGCUGUAAAAGUGAAUAAACAAUUACAGACAGAUCACAGACAGAUCACAGACCAUCCAGUGCAGGAAUUUGAUUAGUCCAGCCGGCAGCACAGCACACAUUGAUAUGAGUCCAGCUCUUGACCUUUAGCGCUCAAAUACCUGCUGAAAUUUAUUUUCUCAGCAAGUAAAGUGUGACCUUUUAAAGUCCACUGCUGCACUAUGCUGCUUUCAGUGUGUCUGUGGAAACAGGAGGGUUUAAACACCGACACAGAUAGAAGAGAUAUCCACUCAUGCUCAGAUUAGUAUCAAACAGGCUGCCUUAAUGCCAGCAGAGAUACUUAAAGGAGGAGUCUGUGAUUUUCUUUACACAAAUGGCACAAAACGCCAAACACUCUCCUGCUAAGAAAUAUUGUAUAAUGAUCCAAAGUCUGAAAGCGUAUUUUGUCUAUUACCCUGUAGAUCCCCCAUCCUCAAAAAUAAAAUGUAUGUUUUAUCCAUAUUAUGUAGCCAUACUAAUAAAUGAGAUUGUCCAUACCUUGGUUGGCCUUUUAAGUUACAAACGAGUAAACAGAGAGACAAGUUUCAUCCAGUUUUCAACAACUCCUCAAGCAUCCUGACAUAAAAACUGACCUGCAUCUGAAGGAGAUACUUUUGAUUAUUGCCUCCUCCUGCUCAUCUCCCUUCUCCUCUCUCCCCUGCCUGCUAGUGUGUAUCACUGUUGCUCAUCAUGUUGAAGAUACAGCAGUCCAUCAUUCAUCUUAGCGGGAGCGGCAACUUCCUCAUGUUCCAAACUUUGUUUCACAAUGAUUCAAGUUGUUAAUGAGGAAGUUGCUGUUGGGGAAGAGAAGGAGGGUGCGCUUCUUUUAACUUACAGCAUGUGACGGGCAAGCACAUCAGGUGGCCAAACAAUUUUUCUGUCUUGAUUAUCAUAUUAUUUUGACCAUGGGAGGCCGAAUCGUUAUUGAAUUUAAAAUCCUAAUCGUCACUCAGAUUCAAAAGAGACCCUGCCUUUAAUUGAGAGAGGCCUCUAUUAGAACUUUUACAGUAUUAUCCAUUGUUGUCAGUAUUUGUGUCUAGAAGAGUCUUCUGUGUCGGUUGUAAUCUAUGGUUAUUGUUCAGAGUCACUUUUGGACACCCAGUAGUCCAUUCAGGAGAUGCACCAAACUGAAAAUGACUUAUUUUUAUCACUUAUGCAGUAAACCGUUUGAAACUUUGCUCAAAUCAUAUCAAAAAUGUUCUCGCUGCUCUGUGUGCAGCUGCUCUUCUUUGUAAUAGUUUUUUAUUGUAAAUUUCAGAAUCAUCUGUACGCUGUGUGCUCCGUGUGUUGCCCGUUUAACAAUCAUUCUUGUUGAGUCCUGGCUCCUGUUAACACUGUAAAUUUCCCUGCUGUGGGAUCAAUAAAGAUUAAUCUUAUCUCUGAUUUUAUUAAAAGCCUUUUAUUAUCCUCUUUUCUCCAGAAUGUCAUUGAUCGAAAGCCAUAUCCAGAGGACGAAAACCUCGUGGAGGUGAAGUUCGCCACCACACCCAUCAUGUCCACAUACCUUGUAGCUUUUGUCAUUGGUGAAUAUGAUUAUGUGGAGAGCCAAUCAUCAGACGGUAUAACGGUACGGGUCUACACACCUGUCGGGAAGGCAGAACAAGGGAAAUUUGCACUGGAGGUGAGAUUGUUGUGAAGAAUUGAAAUCAAUAUCUGAUUGUUUUCCUUUGAGAUAUUUUGACCUCAUUGUUUUUCUUUUUUACAGGUUGCAACAAAGACCUUACCAUUUUACAAAGACUACUUCAGUGUUCCUUAUCCAUUGCCUAAAAUUGAUCUCAUAGCUAUUGCCGAUUUUGCUGCUGGUGAGCUGCAUUCAAUCAAUCAGUAAUCUCUUUUAUGAUACAAUUCAAUAAUAAAAUAUUGAAUCUGAGAACACUAAUUACUUCCUCUUUUUUAGGUGCCAUGGAAAACUGGGGCCUUGUUACCUACAGGUGAGCUUCACUUUUUUUUCUAACUGAAACUUUUUGCAGAACUUGUCCAGGUGUGCAUAUGUUUGUGUUGGGCUCUUACUGAUCCUGUUGUAAACUGUUCGCAGUGUGACUAGCUGUUUGUGUUUACUAUUAACUACUAACAGUUCAGCUGUGUUUUUUUUUUUUGACUAAGUAUGAUAUGGUAAUGAUUCAUGCUUAGUUUCCACACGUCUAUAUUGACCAACCAUCAAAGAAAAACAACUCUAUUGUCACUGAGGUCCAGAACUCUUGGAAUAACUUCACUCAAAGAAAAUCAGAGUAUUUAAAGGAGUAAGAAGGGCUCAGUAAGUUUUCUGGAGUGAUCAGCUGCAGCUGGAAAUUUCUCAGUGGCUAAAGGAUGCUCUGUGUUUGUGAAACCCCUGAGAUUAUCAUAAUUAAGAUGCCCUAUAAAAAAAAAGAAAAAAAAAAGGCCAACUUCUUCAUUAUGCUGUCUGACACUGCAUCGUAGAAAUGAACUCCAUCCUUAAUUAGGAUGAUGCUUUUUUAUCUGCCAUGUAAGAGCACAAAACAAAACUCUGUAUUAACAACACAAAGCUCUUUGUUUGCAGACUUGAUCUGCAGUGCUAAAAUACUUAACAAGGGUUUUUAAAUUGAUUGUAAUGUUGUGAUGUGUCAUAUGCACAUUUUUAGUACAUUGAAGAUGAGAUCAUUUCUUAACACCAUAAAAUAAAAGUGAAAUAUUAUUGAGUAUAUAUAUGAGGAGAGGGGAAUCUUACUGUUAGUCACACAUCUGAUGUAGAUGUAAAAGGGUUUAUUUACCAACUUUAUUUCCUGAGUUUUGGCAAAAUUUCAGUAUAAUUUCAUUUCCUGCAGUAGUUUAGAAAUAAUUUGUCAACAUAUUUACUCUUUUAAUAAUACCCAGACUGUCAACUUUUAGAGAGAAAUAAUGAAACAGCUUUUGUAAAUGUAAAUAUUCCAUCAGACAUCAAAACACUGAUCAAUAAUUUAUUAACCAAAGAAUACAUUUAUUGAUCAUGGAAAAAAACUGACAGGUUAAUCAUUGAUUAAGGUCGUAGCUCCACUUCACUUAGACGUUUUACACUGUAGCCCUUAAUGGGUUCAAAGUCAGUGUGAGUAAUAAUAUUUUAUGCUGCAGUUUAUUUGUAAUCAUGAAUAAUCAUGUCAUACUGGUAGAUUUCCAAACUUGUAGUGGAAAGUCUCUGUGAGUGAAGAAACGAUUGUUGCUCCAUCUUUCCUGAAUUCAACUGAUUCAUUUUAUUAUUGAGUUUUUUAUUCCUAAUUUACCAUUUUAAAAAACCUAAUAAAUCCAAUAUUUUGAUAGUCAUAAUCCACAUCAGUCAAACUCUUCUUUUCAUACAGCCCCAAUUCACAAUUUUUGUCUCCAGAAACUUUAAACAGUGAGCAGGUUAGACUUCAUUCUCUUUCUCAUCUUGAAAAAGGCCCAACAUCAAGAUAAAACAAGUUUUAAUCUCAGUUGGUAAGAUAAAACUUAUUCUUAACUCAUCUCAAUCCAUGACAAGCAACGUGUUUUGCAGCAUUGGCAAGUUACAAUGAUAAAUAAAAACUAAUGACCAGAGGCAGGCUCAUAUUAGACAGUUAUCUGCGGAGACUGUUGGGAUUACAGAGGAGAUACAGAAAGAAAGAGAAAAGGACAGAGGUCCUUAUUAAAGGGUUGCUGUGUACUUUGACGGCAGUGUUGGCUCUUUAAUAAUUUUGUGGUUAGUGGGAGGUGCUGCCAUCUGUCAGGUGUUCAGAUUUGCAUACAGCAGCAGGCUCCAUUCACUGACCAAAUACAGCAGCAUGUCAUCCUGCAGCUUUUCUUCAUGAGCAGCCCAGCAGCUGAUUUUGGCGUUUGAAGGUUUGAUGGAGGAGGAACUCUGCUGGCGUUCAGAUGAGGUGUCGACCUUCAGCCUGAUCUCUGACUCUCUGUGGUUUUUAUUUCCAGGGAGACAGCUCUGCUCAUCGACCCCAAGAACUCCUGCUCGUCCUCCAGGCAGUGGGUGGCUCUGGUGGUCGGACACGAACUCGCCCACCAGUGGUUCGGGAACUUGGUCACCAUGGUAACCUGCCAAUAUGCUCCAUCAGUUAUUUUAACCUGAAAAUAAAAUGACAGAGACAGAUUUUUAAAAAUCCAUGCUGUGAGUCGUUUCAAAUUAAACUAAUAGUAACAUAUGAAUAAUGAAAUUCAGCAUUAUUCAAGAGAUAAAAGUGAAAAUAAAAGGUGCUUUCACUGGAAGAAGAAACCCAUAACAGUACAAAGAGAAAUCAGUUUAACAAAAUGAGGUUUAUGCAGCGUUUAUGACAGACAAAAGAGAUAAAAUGUUGUUUGUGUGUCCCAGGAAAAGGGAAAUAAACUGUAAAAAGUUAAACUUUGCCUUUAAUGUUGAGGCUAAUGAAGUUUUUUAGACAAUGGGUUGGAUAUUGAGACGGUUUAAGGAAGACACAUUCGGCUCUGAGACAUUUUUUGGCGUAUGUUGAACAUUUAAAGGCUAAAUGAUUUAUUGGAUCAUGGGGGAAAUUAUUUUAUUUACUGGUGUUACUAUUUUACUAAUAAAGAAAAUGCUGACUUGAUUGUGAAGACUCCUCGAUUUGAAACGAGUGACCAGCAGAGGGGGCUGAUGCAGGUCUCAAUAAAUUGGUCGUAGGCAGCAGGGUCUGCCUAUCCCCCUACUUGUACCAACUCUACAUCUACUGAGCUCAAAUACUGUAGUGAUGGCUAUCAGAACAGCAAAGACAGAUAAUGCUGAAAGAGCUACACGGUUGCACUGACAAUGUACAUUGGGGACGUUAUGAGGAAUAUAUUUAAAGUCAGGUCAUCAUGUAUUCUUCAGGAAUAACUCAGACUUUAUAGAGGAAAUGGACAGUUUUGUUGGACUGGAAUUAAGUAAUCAGACUUAACAAGUGUUUGUGUGCAUGUAUACAGGAAUGGUGGACCCAUCUGUGGUUAAAUGAGGGCUUUGCUUCCUGGAUCGAGUACCUAUGUGUGGACCACUGUUUCCCAGAGUACGACAUCUGGACCCAGUUUGUCUCGGCAGACUACACACGUGCUCUGGACUUGGAUGCACUGGACAGCAGCCAUCCCAUCGAGGUGAGCUGAGGAGAGAUUCAAAGUUAUUGGAUGUAAAGCUGUUAGAAUCAGACAUAAAGGGUGAAAAGAGGGUUUAAAAAAGGAAACAUUAAGGGUGUUAUAUAAAAGAAAUUAUUGAUGUAUGGAGGGCUUAUUAAAGGAUGUUAUAAAGGCUUUCAAUAUGCAUAAAGAAGGAUUCACUAAAGAGUAUACUUAGGGCUUAUUAAGGGUGUAAUUAAGGACACACAAAGGCUUACAUAAAGGCUUAAUAAAUGGUGUGAAAAAGGCUCAGUAAAGGGUGUAGUUCAAGCUUUAUAAAAAGCUUAAAAAGGUAUUAUAAAGGGGAUUUAAAGGCUUAAUUGAAGGUUUAAUUAAGGUUUUAUUAGACUUCGAUAAGGGUGUUAUAAAUGGUCAAGGAAAGGCUUAAUAAAGGUGCUCAAGACUACAGAAAGGCUUAAAGAAAGAAUGUUGUAAAAUCAAGGGUGUAAGUAAGGCUUUUUAGCUUUAAAAAGUCUUAAAGGGUGUUUUAAUAGGUGCAACAAAGGCUUAAGUAAGGCUGUAAUGAAACGUUGAAAAGAAUGUAAUUAAGACUUUAUAAAUAGUGUAAUUAAGGCUUUUCAAAGGCUAAAUGGAGGGUGUUAUAAAGUGUAAUAAAGGCGUUACACAGUGUAAUUAAAGCUUAAUGAAGGCUAUAAAGGGUGUUUUCAAGGGUCUAAUAAAGGCUUAAUAAAUGUUGUAAUUAAGGCUUUAUAAAUACUAACAGAAGCGUGUUAUAAAGACUUAAUAAAUGGUGUAUCUAAAGCUUUAUAAAGGCUACAAGAAGAAUGUUUUAGAGGGUGUAGUAAAAGCUCAAUAAAGGAUGAGCCUAAUGCUUUAUAAAGGGUGUAAUGAAGGCUUUGUAAAGGCUAAAAGCAGGUUGUUAUAAAGGGAGCAGAAAAAGCUUAAUUCUGGCUAUAAGUCUGUCCUCUUCAUCUGCUUGUGCUCUGAGUGUAAUAGCUCCAAAGGUGACUUAAGACCCUCCAACUCAUGAUUUUGUGUGUCUUUUGUGCUCCAGGUGAAUGUGGGCCACCCAUCAGAGGUCGAUGAAAUCUUUGACGCCAUCUCCUACAGCAAAGGAGCAUCAGUGAUCCGCAUGUUGCACAACUACAUUGGAGACGAGGUGAGUUACCAACACACUCGAGUGGCUCGCAGCAUUUUUCUUCAUCAACGUUUAACUCUGACACUUCCCUCGCAGGAUUUUAGGAAAGGAAUGAACGCGUAUCUUUUGAAGUUCCAACAUAAAAACGCUUCGACAGGUACGGACACGCUGCAGAUUAUUUCUUAACAGUUGUGUGUAUUGAUUUCACGGUUUCUCAAACUCCUGACUCUCUGCUGUUACUCCACAGAGGACCUAUGGGACUGUCUGCAGCAGGCCAGUGGAAAACCCAUCGCUGCAGUGAUGGGCUCAUGGACCAAACAGAUGGGCUUUCCUAUAAUCGUCGUGGACCAGGAACAGGUGAGCUUCACUGGCGUACAGUGUUUUAAAUCAUGGCCCCCAUUAUUGUAAUAAACCACCAGAAGUGAAGCCGCCUUUGCUGUGGUGGCGUCUACUCAAAACAUCUACCUGUUUUAAAACAAGCUGUUUUUAGCUGUGGUUGAUUUUCUGCUCUUACUUUUACUGUCGACACAACUUUUAAUGGGUAUGAAGGCAGCGUGAUCGUCAAGAAGCUGCAUGUAAACAUUACAGCCUUGAAUUAGUCCGUCUUGUUUAUUCAUUCAUUAUUCUGAAUUUCAGUCAAUUUUUUGAACUCAAAAAACUCCUCAUAGAGGCUUUAAUCAAGUGUAUUUGCUGAUGUUACUAGUUUGUGUUUUGCCUCCAUGAAGCCACAUUGUCUCCAUCAGAUCUGUCUGGUCUCCCUGUAUUUAUCUGAAUCACUCUUUAAAGAUCAAACUCCAGAAUCACUCCACUUUUCCUUUUAUUUUCAUGUGUGUAGAGAAUGAACCAGCAGAAGUGAAAGCUUUGUCUUAUGACCCGGUCUUCUUUUGUAAUCCUGCUUUUUGAUUCUCAUUUAUUUUUUCUAGCAAGGUGAUGACCGCAUCCUUAAGAUAUCUCAGAAGAAGUUUUGUGCCAGUGGACCACAUAAUGGUAAUUGUUUUGAAGAUCAAACUUAAACCCCUGACCUGAAAAGAACCUCAGUGUUGUUUUACUACGCCAGCUGCUGAUUGGCUCUUUCACAUGUCCGUUCUUCAGGUGAGGACUGUCCCAGCUGGAUGGUCCCUAUUAGCAUUUGUACCAGCGAGGACCCAAAAUACACCAAGCUCAAGGUUCUGCUGGACAGACCGGAGACCACCAUCACCCUCAACAGCGUCGGCCCUGACCAGUGGGUCAAGGUGAGGUCAAUCGUUUUUCUCAGUCACGAUAAAUUCCAGCUUUUCACUUCACUUUAUAACCAGCAGUAGACCAGUUAUCAACUGAUUGAUUAUCGGGGCCAGUAUUGACAUUUAGAUGAUUAUCUGUUUUGGCUUCUUACUUUGCGGAAGGCAGAUCAAAUUAAUAAAACAUUGUGCUACUUAAGUGUGUCACUGUGGGUGUGUGUUUCCCUCUGCCUCACCUAAUUUCUCCCCGCAACACUGUCUGAUUGGCUAGACCUCACAUUACCAUGUGACACACCUGUACUGUAAGUGUGACUAGUUAAUUGUUAACUCCUGCUGAUGAUUUCAAAAGUUUAAUGAGUCAUUUUUUGUGAACUCCGUCGUUUCAAAACAUUAUAAUAUGACUCGAGUCUGACUUACAUUCGGCUCCUAAAAUCUACAAAAAAGUCACUAACAAACAAAGACAACCAGAGGCUGAAGCUGAUGUGAAGUUUGACAGAAAUAAAUAAUUAUUGCUGGAAAGACUUUCUAGAGAAUCAAGAAGUCAUGAGCUGUCUCAGUUUGUCCUGUUUUCAUGCAAAGUGUGAAAGAUCAGAGUUCAAACAAGGUGCACAAACCAAGGUUUCUGAUUGUUAGUCAUGAGGAGGAGCGGGAGAGGAUGUGGUCGCAACAGUCGCACCCACAACUCCUCUAUCAGCUGCACACAUGUCCAGCAGAGGCUCACCCAGACUGAAGAGAGGACAGGUUUCUUAGUUCUAGGUUGCUCUGGUCUGUGGGACUGUAAAUCUGUCUUCACGAGUCGAUGUGGACAGACUUGUUCCAUCUCUCAUGGGUGUAACUUGUAAAUGAGCACAGCUUGUCAACAAUGUUUUUGCCUGAACAAAGAAUCGUCAAGAGGAAAGUGAAAAUGACUGAGGCUUCAUACAGCUGAGACUGACCUGUUAAUAAUGCUUCAAUCCUGUUGCUCUGCUUGUUUUACAUUCCUGUUGGAGACAUAAGUAUGAAUGUAAUGAAGAGGCUCCAAAACUUUCAGAGAAAGUUUCUCUGUCACCUGCUUUUUGUCCAUCAAACGUCACAAUUAUCAGUGUUUGCUUAGUUGGGGAAGUGUUUCCACUGUUGACUAAAGCCUCCGGCUUUAACAUCAGGAUAACACUGUUCCCCUCUCUCUGAACCAUGUUGUAUAAAAGCGCUCAGUCUGAGGGUAAAAAACAGUAAAAUUACAUCAUUUCGCCCCCCCACGCUCUGACCCAGUUGUGUCCCUGCUGUUCACAGAUCAACCCCGGCACUGUGGGCUUUUAUCGUAUCCAGUACAGCUCAACCAUGCUGGAGAGUUUGCUGCCGGGCGUCAGAGACCUCAGCCUGCAGCCCGUGGACCGGCUGGGCCUGCAGAACGACCUCUUCUCACUGGUAAAAUCCCUCUUGUGAAUGAAACAAUCAACAACAUUUCUCCUUUUUUCUAAAGCAAAGACAGUUUGAGUGCCCUGAAUGUGGUGUAGACGAAUAAACAGGGAGUUCAGAAAACAGGAAGGCUAAUAGAUGAAAGUGAGAGAUAUUAAUCGUCCGAGUCGUCAUUGAAAUCCAGACAUUUUAAAGUCUUAAUACAACAGCAGGACUGAUUUAUCGUUGUCAGAGGUUUUAAACAGAUGAUAAAACAGCCUGCAAACGUAAUGAAUAUUUCGGCCAACAGGUUAAAACCACAGACUGAAAAGAAUAGGUGGUAAUAACCACAUCAGGUCAUGACUCUGAUUUAAAGCUUUGAGAAGCUGAAACAUCUGAAUCCAUCUCUGUCAGCUAUCCAAUGUGGUAAUUUACAACAAGCUUUAAUAGUGAUAAAAAAAACAGAUUACAAGAAUGAAGACAAGCUUCAUAUGAAAGAUUUCAUCAUAUUAGAAGGUUGAUAUAUCAAUAACACGAUACCAACUUUGACUUUAUUCUCUGGAUAUUAAGAUUCAGAUUUCCACAAACUCUUACAAUAAAACACUCACGUUUUCACUGUUAUAUUUUAGCUAAUCAAAAAGGAUGCAAAUUUGUUUAGAACUCUUUUCAGGGGUGCUUUAAACCAAAGUGACAUUUAAAAACCAAGGAAAGACUAAAUUAACCCUCUUUGUGUUCCUGUGGUUAUUGAACACAAUCAUUAAAUUUUGAUUUUAAUAGUUUUCUUUUGUCUUGUUAAUAUCAUAGAUCAUAACUGCCCUUGUAUUUUCUCUUAAUGUGUUUGCUCCUGAAAACAACUCUUUAAUGAUAAAAUAGCAACUUUAUCCCUGAAAAGUAACCACUUUAUUCCUGUUUUGCUAUGGCAUUAUCAUUGACUUUUUCCUUUAUACAAUAAGAAUAAAGCUGAAUGAGUUUUUUAUUCUUUAAGACAUUAUCCGUGUGUUAAAACAGCUUCUUUCUCAAACCAGAAAAGACUCAUAUUUUCUUUUAGUUUGAGAGCAACUAUGAUUUAUUUGUAACCAGCUGUAAACAUGUUUGUCUCUGCUUGUUGAAAAUGUUGUAACUCUCCAGGGCUCUACAGGAUUUGACCCACAUUUGAAGACAGCCUCUAGUGGCAAUUUCUGAAACUGUAGCUGUGAAUGUUUCAGGAAUUUCCAGCUUGUUGCUAUUCGGUUAUCAGGUUGCAAAAAAGUUGAUAUAGAGUCUCAUGAUUCUGGAUUGAAGCUCCUGACCUCCAGAACUUAGACAUGCAUCACAUCACAUGGCGUGUCGGCUGUUCCUAUGACACUCAGAUACACUCAGGGAAACAUUUUUCGACACUUGUUUAUUUUGUUUAUUUGUAGUACACAAAGAAAAGAAGAGAGGAACUGUGCAGAGCAGCCAAUCAAACCUUAAGGGCUUCACGAUUGGCACUCCUUAUGAGAAACAGGAGUUGUUAAAGAAACUCCAUCAGUCUGCUGAUGUUGUUUCUUGUUUUCAAGAAACUUUCUCCUCUGUUGGUCUUUUACUUUAAGAGGGAUGAGCGACAGUCCUCCAGGUCAUCUUCUAUAAAGUCCAGUACAUCCGUUCUCCAGGAAUUUGUCUCUGAUAUGAGUUUUUGUUCCAGUCCCGUGCAGGGAUGAUCAGCACGGUGGAUGUGCUGAAGCUGAUGGAGGCGUUUGUCAACGAGCCAAACUACACGGUGUGGAGCGACCUCAGCUGUAACCUAGGAGUGCUGUCCUCACUGCUGUCCCACACCGACUUCCACGAGGAGAUCCAGGAAUUCAUCAGAGACCUCUUCACCCCCAUCGGCCUGGAGCUCGGCUGGGACAGCAAACCAGGAGAAGGUGAGGAGGCGCUGACGCUGUCACUGAGGUCCAGUCUGAUUAUUGGAUCCUCUGGAGGAUCACAGCUCUGCAGAAAGACGAUGACAUGAGUGUGGUACUUUUCUCCUGUAGGUCAUCUGGACGCCCUGCUCAGAGGUCUGGUUUUGGGCAAGUUAGGAAAGGCAGGACACAAACCCACGCUGGAGGAGGCCCGGCGGAGAUUCAGGGACCAUGUGGACGGCAAACAGGUCCUGCCGGCAGACCUCAGGAGCCCGGUGAGCACACCUGAAAUUCAGCCCAUGAUCAUCAGACAUUAAUCCAUAUUAUGUCCUGAAGCAGCCAGUAGAACUGUGACUGAAUUAGAUUUAUCCUCUUCAGGUUUAUCUAACAGUGCUGAAGCAUGGAGACAGUGCCACGUUGGACACGAUGCUGAAGGUGAGAAAGAUCUUUUCAGGUCACGUUCAUAUAAACCAUCGUGUGUAGUUUGUAACAUAUUGUACUCUCCUUUUCAUCCUUCCUCUGUUGUUCUCUUCGUUUCACGCCUUCAGCUUCACAAACAGGCCGACAUGCAGGAGGAGAAAAACCGCAUCGAGCGAGUGCUGGGUGCCAUCUCUGCUCCCGACCUCAUCCAGAAAGUCCUGACCUUCGCCCUCUCGGUACACAUGACCUCAAUCGCAGAAUGUUACAGUUUAGUGUUUUUGGUUUCUGCGUUGAACAGAGGAACUGAAACCGGUUUUGUUCAUUCUGUAGUUUUGUUUUCAACCAGAAUAACCAGAAUAACGUGUCCUGCAGGAAUUUCAGCAAGUUUCUGUUGACUUCAUCUCAUUCUUACAGUCCUGUGAAACUGCUGACUCAUGUUUUUUUAAAUAUACAUUUACAUGAGGAGUAAACAUAGCCACAUCUAAGUCUUCGUAACUCAGUUCCCCCUCAAAAGAUAGAAAAGGUCUUAAAUUGAGUCCAGAAUCUAAAAGGUUAAAAAAGAAAAGUCUUGAAUUUAAAUUUGUAAAACACAGAAAUGCUGUUUGUCUCUCAGUUCAGUGAAACUCUUAUUUGAGCACCAGGUGAUCUGUAGCUAAAUAUCUCCUCUCUCUCUUUCUCUGGACCUUCCUUUUGGCAGGAAGAGGUCCGUCCCCAGGACACCGUGUCGGUAAUUGGAGGCGUGGCAGGAAGCAGUAAACAAGGCCGGAAAGCUGCCUGGAAGUUUGUUAAAGACAACUGGGAGGAGCUUUACAACCGCUACCAGGGCGGCUUCCUCAUAUCACGGCUCAUCAAGGUAACCCGCCUGUUUAUCACCUUCAGCGCUGAAGAAUGAACAUUUCUGCUGAGGGACCGAGCUGAGACCUUUUCUCUCUGGUUGUCUGUUUGCUCACUCUUGUUUCUUGUUCUCUGCAGCUCACAGUCGAUGGAUUUGCUAUCGAUAAGAUGGCUGCUGAAGUAAAGGUGAGACACCUCUCAAAUCUCAUGAUCACUCUCAUAUUGCAGUAAUACUCGUCAUAGUUUGACCCUUGGCUUUAUGACAGUCAGUAAUUACUUAAAUUAAGUACUUAAUGUUAGGACAGAGAUCGUUUCUUCUGGAUUUUCAUGUUUUUGUGUUUUGACAUCCAUUCUCAACCCUCUCCCUCUCUCUCUCUCUCUCUCUUUGUGUGCAUACAGAGUUUCUUUGAAAGUCACCCGGCGCCAGCAGCUGAACGUAUGGUGCAACAGUGCUGUGAGAACAUCCUCCUCAACGCCACCUGGCUGAAGCGCGACGCAGACGACAUCCACCAGUAUCUACUGCAGCGCAAAGCUCCCCCUGUCUGAGCCGCCGACGCCACCGCCCUCCACCUCGCCCACUCCAGCCCCCCUCCCGCCCACCCUCCCUCCCUCCCUCCCUCCCUCCCUCUAGCGCGGACCUCCCAGCAUCAUAGCUGCCUCCUCCUCCCCUCAGAGCGGGAGAGCAGAGCGUACUUUUCCAGCAGGCUUCAUUUCUUUAAAGAAACUGUAAGAAACACAAUGGCAAAGCCAAGAAUUUCACCGAGUGUUGGAAACACAGAGACUCUUUCUACGUUAACCAGGCAGAUCCAUGUUAGUCAGACCAGGAAUGUAGUUUUAGCCCCAUUCUGCUGUUUACGGCAUCUCUCCCUCUCAGUGAAGUCUCGGAAACAUCCCCCCACCCCGCUUACUCAGCACCCCCCUCCCCGUAUACACCCCCUCAUCAUCUGCGCCGUAGCUGAGAAAACUGUGAAUCCUCUCCACCCCCACCGCCUCCUUUUUUUUUCCUGCUGCCCAAAUUAAAAAUGCAUGAAGUGUGAUUUUCUGCAUUUACCGCUUUGUUUACUUCUGUUUGUUUUCUGUACAAACAUUUAAUUUGUUAUUUCUGACUCCCUCCUCCUUUCAUGAUGCAUCCUCAUUUCCUGCUUCCCCUCUCCCCAGCGUUGUGAUUGGAUAAGAGCAGAAGGUGUGCUGGCAGAAUGGGGUUAAAAACAGUAGAGUGUGUGCAUUGUAGUUUCCAACUGCACUGAUUCUCCAUUUGCUGAUAAACGGUUAGGAUGAGGCGAGCAGCGCCAGCAUGGUACUACAUUGUAAAGUGUAAAUGCGAGCAUUUUUUUGCAGACAAUGUUCCUUUUAAAAAAAAAAAAGAAAUCAGCUGAAAAGUUCAUGGUUCCCUGUCUCCACCCCCUUCAUAAAGCCUCCAGCCCUGUUUGGAGUUUGUAAAGUUUGAAUCGACAUAUUUAAACCCCAGAUUUCUUUCUCGCCACCCUCACUGAAGUGAAGAUAUCAGCGUGUUUUAUAAGACAACAAAUGCAGUGAUUUAUUUAAAUGUUGAGAUAAUCUUAUAUUCUGAGGAGAGAAGAAAAAGAAAAAAAAAAGAUCACACACUACUUUUGGGGCCUUUUAUUCUGAAGUUACAUCAGGAAACGCCUCUCGAUGAAGGUGGAGGCCCGGUCCGGACUUUUUGUGGAUGUGACAGAUCGCCGUGACUCCGCUGUCAAACCUCGGAAGCCUUAAAUCGGUCGACUGGUUUGCAGUUAAUAUUUAAACACUGAAGUGGUGAUAGUAGGUGACUUCCACAUAACGUCAAAUGUAUCUAAUGUGACAGAUUAUGCAGACUUGUUGAACGAGUAUAUCUAUUAUAGAAUUUACAAUUUGAUGUGGUUUUUGAAAACAUACCGACCAAGUCAUCCACCUGUUGUCGAGACUCUCCCCCCCACCCCACCCCACCCCCCCGUCCUGGAACAUUUGUUGUUGUUUUUUUUUUUUUUUUUUCUGUUUGUUUUUUUCUUUUUUUUCCGUUUUCUUUUCUUUUUGUUUAAACUAAAGUUGGUGUUCAUUAAAGUGAUAAAGGAUUAUAAAAAAAAAAAAACUAAAGAUGUGAAAUUAGCACUAGUUGAUUUUAAUGAGUGAGAUGUGAGUGUGCAUGCCUGGAAACAGAUUUGUAAUUUAUUUUGUAUGAUCUCACAGGCCAGGAGAUGAUCAGACUGGAUUACAAACGGUUAAAGCAGCACUGAGUAACGUGUGUAUAAAUAUAUCAAAGAGCUGAGUCACACCUAAUGAGAAUAAAACAUGGUGACAGAUCGACGUAGAUGACUGCAGAGGGAAACUUUAAAUGUCUACACAUUUUUGCUUUCAUAAAGUGUCUGUAGAAACCUUCAGGCAGCGUUUGGCCGCUUGAUUCUUGUGUCGACCGUGCAGACGUUUCAUGUUUUCUUGUCUUUUUCUAAUGAAGCUGAAUUUAGUUCAACAUGUGGGAUGUUUUUGUGGUUCUGAUUUAAAGACCUGUCCGACACGACAGCUUUGACUUCAGUGAUGCCAAGGCAAACGUAAAUAUGCAGUCCAAAUAAAGUAACACUUGACGACACACAAGCUGUCAUACAACAUAUUUCACAUGUCCGAGACUUUUGGUGAAGUCUGUGUUUAAAUUUAGGGCUUGGACAUUGAAAUGGUUAAAUCUGGGGAAGGAUGAUUCAGGAUCAGGAAAUCCAGAUCACUUCUGUCAAGGUUUUUGAGGCAAAGAUGUACCCGAUCAACUUGAACCUGAAGGUGAGAACUAAAAC